UCAUUAUUUGCUACCUUCUCAGCUCCUCCUAUUCUACCAAUUCAUGAACUACUCGUGUGUCCUUUUCAGAAUGUCCAUUCCCCAUAAUAUAAAUACAGCAAUCCCUCUAACAUUUCACAUCUCCCUCAAGAGAAACAAGAGUUAGUUUUGUUCUAGUUUUGGAGCAAGAAGUUUGUGGUUCUGUUAUUUUUCUCCAUCCAUCUUCUUCCCUUCCUUCCUUUGUUCCUUUCUUUUCUUCUUAUCUAUCUUAUAUAACCAUGGUUAAGCAAGCAGAGAUGGAGCAGCAGCCAAGAAAGACUACCAUGUCCAACAACUUCAGCAGCAACAACAACAGCAACAGUAAAGAAGAUAAAGAUAGAUAUCUUGGGAUGGCAGUUCAUAGCCAAGUCAAGAAAAUCAAGCAAGAAAUGGAGAAAUUCAAGCAUCCUGCUCUUCAGCAGCCAGAGAUGAGACCAGUUCUUAAAGAAAUCACCCUCAUGAGUCGGCAACAGCGCUCAAGAUCACCCUUGGGAUUGGCUGAAAAUAGACCUAUUUCUGUUGGAAACUAAAUAAUCAUAUUAGAGACAGUGAUUUCAUCUUCCUUGUACCUGCUUUCUUCCUCUUCUUCUUCUUCUGUUUUUCCCCCCUUUUGUCUUAUGGGUUUUUCUAGCUUUUCUUUUUUUUUUUUUCUUUUUGGGGUUAAUCAGAUGUACAUAUUUAGAUGAGAAGCACUAAUACCCUCUUUCCAGUCUUCUUUGUGGUGAUGGGAUGAGUGCAGCUUCAUCAGUUUCUUAUAAUAUAACUUGAAAUUUUGCAGAGA